UUCCCAGAAUCCACUCUGAAGCUACAUCCCUCAUGUUGUGAAUAUUUUCAGUUAUUAGACUGUCUCUGCGUCCUGAGUGAUGCGUCACAUUGAUAGGUGCGGUUUGCGCAGCGCAACUCCUCAAACAGUCCAUAUUUGUCGGGCUGAUGCGCCGAGAAACAAGCACUUCUGGAGCAGCUAUAUUUAGAUUCUCUUACUUUUUUUUUGUUGUAUUCAUAGUUUAGGAGCACAAGUUACAUUUCUCUCUCGGGAUGGGCCACGCAUCCAGCACUCCUUCAGACGGAUCAUUCACCAACAGAAAGCAGUCAAGAACCCCACUGAGUUGUUGGCAGAGCUGAUGCUGUGCAGCUGCAACGCGCUCAUUCUGAAACCGCUGGACAGGACCCGAGAGCAGGUUACACAUAUCCAAAUAUGCGCGUAAUUGGAGCGCACUGGCGAGGCGUCCCUUGCACCUCUAUCGGGAUAAGAUUGUCGUGAUGUUCAAUACUUCGGGGAUUGAGCUCGCUUUUAACAAAAAAGAGGAUAUUUCCGAAGGUAUCAAUGGCACUCUGCAGCUUCUCUAUGUCCUCGUCACCACCAGCCCCACAACCAUGUGGAACAAGUCGUGGAACGAGUCGUGCGGGGAGCAGCUGCAGGACUUCGAGCGCCCGGAGAAGAUCAUCAUCGGGGUGAUGUUGGCGAUUAUCACGGCGGUCACGGUGAUGGGAAACACGCUGGUGGUGAUCGCGGUGUGCGUGGUGAAGAAACUCAGACAGCCUUCAAACUACCUUCUGGUAUCUUUAGCGGUGGCGGACCUGUCAGUGGCCAUAGUUGUGAUGCCGUUUGUGAUAGUGACAGACCUCACCGGGGGCAAGUGGCUUUUUGGAGAGGUGUUCUGCAACAUUUUCAUCGGCAUGGAUGUAAUGUGCUGCACUGCCUCCAUCAUGACCCUGUGUGUGAUCAGCGUGGACAGGUAUCUGGGGAUUACACGACCUCUCACCUACCCAGCCCGGCAGAAUGGUGAGCUGAUGGCAAAGAUGAUCCUGGGAGUGUGGCUGGUGUCAGCAUCCAUCACCCUGCCACCUUUCUGUGGCUGGGCCAAAAACGUCCACAAAGACGGUGUGUGCCUCAUUAGCCAAGAUUUUGGCUACACCAUCUAUUCCACAGCUGUAGCCUUUUACAUCCCUAUGCUGGUCAUGCUGGUCAUGUACUACAAGAUCUUCAGGGCAGCUCGCAAGAGUGGCGCCAAGCACCGCUUCACCGACCUUUCGCGCCGUGAGCGUCUCGAAACGGUGGCUAAUGAGGCGCUGAGAAUGCAGGGCCUGAAGCCGCCUGGUGUGGCGGAGGAGUGCGCUGCUCUGUCCCGCCUGCUGAACCGUGAGCGCAGAAACAUCUCCAUCUUCAAGCGAGAGCAGAAAGCAGCCACGACACUCGGGGUGAUUGUGGGGGUCUUCGCUGUGUGCUGGCUGCCGUUCUUCAUCCUGUCCACUGCCCGGCCCUUUAUCUGCGGAGUGGAGUGUAGUUGCGUGCCCAUCUGGCUGGAGCGCACACUGCUCUGGUUGGGCUACGCCAACUCCCUAAUGAACCCCUUCAUAUACGCCUUCUUCAAUCGAGAUCUGCGCUCCACUUAUCGCGAUCUUCUCCGCUGCCGUUAUCGCAACAUCAACCGUCGGCUCUCUGCUGUGGGCGUCCAUGAGGCUCUCAAGGUGUAAAGCGGGGCUGUUCAGCAGCAUAUAUUGUGGGGUUUGGUGGCCCUGUGCUUGUACGCUUGGUGCUCAAAGGGCGACACGCUCACAGGAGGCCUGUAGAUAAGACACAGACUGACAGAAAGGGAGUCACUGUUGGUGGCUCUGUGGCCCCUCCGCAAAGGCAAAGAGACUGCACCAUCACUUCAGUGUGUAUGUGACUCAGUCAUUCUAUUUUUGGAAAGAAAAUCAUAGAGCGUACUUGAUGGACUAUUCAAGUCGACACUGCUUUUGUGCAUAUGCCACAAUUUCAUCCUGGCUGCGGAUUUAUGGUGGGAUAAUGCAAAGACAAAGGAAAUGACAUGUAAACACGAUCAAUCAUCCGAGGGCUUUCAAAGAGAACAGAAAGCAAACAGAUUUCUGUAUAUUACCAAAAUUGAUGUGUGAUAAGGAAAUACAUUUGUUUUGUGGCACAGUGUCUUUUGAGCAUCUUCAUCUCGACACGUAUUUGAGCAGAUCCCAGAUUCUUGCUUCAAACAGGAGGAGAACAGUAUGAGGUAUUUUGUGCUUUGUGCCAGCAUUUCAUAUUAUUUCUGUCACUUUAUCACGAGUUAUUAGUGCUUUCAAUUUGGUCCUCUCACUAAAUUUAACAGGAGCACCUUCGAUGUUUAACAAAUGUUUAAAAUUUAAAGAUGCCAAAUGUAACAGAGAUGAGUGGGAAUAGGUGUUAAAAAGCAACAUGACGGGAACCUUUUUCCAUUCAUGAUAUCUCAGUGUUUGUUCUUAUAAAAGAAAGUAGUUUGUUUAGUGUCUGCAUGAAACAUAUUUGUGUAACAUGCCACUGUAUACAUGAAUCAAAAGAGAACUUGGCAAGUGACAGUUUAGCAGAAGUGUUUUCAUGGUUUACGCAAGCACCAUAUCGCACAACUCGAAUCCAACAUGAACUCGUCACUGUACGUGUCAGAAACCAUGAUACUGUGGACUUUUUCCACACUCAGUAUUUUGCCUUGAUCGUUUUCAUUCCACAUUUGACUUCUGACCAUCUUGGCAAACUAAACCUUUUCACUUUAAGAAGUUACAUGUUCUUGAGAGUAUUUCUCUCCACUUGUCAACGCUGUUUCUAUCUCCCUUUUCAAACAGGAUGUGGUCGCUUCCCUCCCGACUACACUCGCAUUUGAACUCUUCGUUGACCUCUAAGAAUCUGUGUCAAAUAUCAUCAGUCGAGCAGUGUGUGCUUUUUCUACCUCGAUUUUUUGAAAAAACUGUACAUUUUCUCCAAACAGAUGUACCGCUGUAUCUUUUUGUAAUUAACUGCUAUUUUUUAUUGUGUAAAAUCGAUCUGUGUACAACUGCGUGUGGGUGCUCUGUGUGGCCGCUUUGUCAUUACCUUGAUAAACAAGCUGGGGAAGUGGCAAAGCAUUUCAUCACUUUGUAAAUAAAGAAACACUCAAAAUGUCA